UAAAAGCCUUGUCAUUACCACCGUCUCGUUUUCUGUCCUGACAAAUCCCGUCCGGCGGCUCCUCAGUGCGACACUGAGUCAAAAACAGGAAACCAUUCAUCUCUGGAAAUAAUGUACUUGUAUAUCCUCGGACUGCUGGCUUAUUGGCUCGCCUAUCGCUGGUACAAGGAAAAAGAAAGAGUCACCAACAAGGAAGACAAAUAUGUCUACAUCACUGGCUGUGACACCGGGUUUGGUCAUCUCCUCGUGAGACACCUGGACACGCUGGGCUUUAGUGUGAUUGCAGGUUGUUACACUGAGAAAGGUGAGGAUGAGCUGAAGAAGAUCACCUCCGACAGGCUGACGACUGUUCACCUGGAUGUCACCGACUCAGAGAGUGUCAGCAAAGCAGCAGCUCUUAUCCAGACUCUGGUUGGUCAGAAGGGUCUGUGGGCCCUGGUAAACAAUGCUGGAGUCGGUCAGCCGUCUGGUCCCACUGACUGGCUCACCAUAGACGACUACAAGAGCAUGCUAGCUGUCAAUCUGUGCGGUGUAAUCGACGUAACACUGAGCGUCCUCCCUCUCAUCAAGAAGGCCAGAGGCAGAGUGGUGAACGUCGCCAGCGUAUUUGGGCGAAUCACCCCAUUCGGCGGCCCAUACUGUGUGUCCAAGUACGGAGUGGAGGCCUUCAACGACAGUUUGCGUCUCUUGUGUUUCAGUAUAAAUACGGCACCAUUUGGAAUAAAGGUUGCAUGCAUUGAGCCAGGCCUCUUCAAAACAAAUGUGACCGAUACAGGGUUAAUGAACAAUACCCUGCGUAGGCUCUGGGACAGAUUACCCCAGGAUGUGAAGGAUGACUAUGGACCUGAUUUCUUGGAAGAUUCUCUCAAAAUUUUGGAUCAAAGGUUCGCGAUGAUAACAGACGGCGACCUGAUGAAGGUGGUUGGCUGCAUGGAGCACGCCAUCUCUGCUGUUCAUCCUCGUACUCGCUACUCUCCUGGAUGGGACGCAAAGUUCUUCUGGUUGCCUGUGUCGUAUAUGCCAAGCUGCAUCGCUGAUAUUAUUUUUCGUACAAUUCUCCCGGAAGUAACACCAAAAGUAUCUUCUCUUUAGCUUCUGUCAAAUCAUUUGUUUAAUAAAAAAAAUGGGCUAACUGCAAGAUCAAUGAUCUUACUUUUACUGCAAUAAAUGUUUGUACAUGAAGGAUUACAGCACUGAUAGCAUCAUAUACACAAAAGUGUGCCAAAAAAACAUGUUAUGCUUUUCAUUAUUCCUUUAGUCCAGGUAUUAUCAUAUCUGCCCUGUUAAUUAUAAAAUCUACUUAAACACAUGA